AUGGUGGGCAGCGGGAGCCGCAGCAGCGGCUGCAGCAGCAGCAGCAGCAGCAGCAGCGGCAGCAGCAGUAACAGCAGCAGUAACAGCAGCAGUAACAGCAGCAGCAGGGGCCGAGGGCGUCCGCAACGCGCGUGCUCAAUACGAGAGGGAGGGGGAGAUGAUUUGCUUGCUGGCUCUCAUAUUGGGGCUGUUGGUAGACGUAGAGGGGGCCCUAUGUGGUGCCACAUAUGCAGAGACAGCGUAAGCAAGAGUGAAGAUUCUGUUGUUGAAUGUACAGCAUGCCCAAAGCGCUUCCAUCUCGAGUGUCUGCAGCAAGAAGGAAUAGUAGGACAAGGAGAGGUGGUCGCUCUCAGCACUUGGCUCUGUCCUCAGUGCUUAGAAGAAGCAGAAGAAGAUGAAAUUACAAAUGAUGAUAAAUGCUUCCUUUGCAGAAAGGCGGACGUGGAUGAUGAGUCUGGGGGUCGCUUAAUUAUGUGCGACGGCUGCCCCCAUUCUUAUCAUAUGUCUUGUUUGAAGCUAACGAUAGAGCCGGAUGAAGAGAAGUGGUUUUGCCCUGAUUGCAACCCCACAGCAUUUAAUACCGAAGAAAUAAGGCGAUUAGGCAGAGGUGCAGCAGUACCUCGCAGCGGUGAUGCAGCAAACAGCAGCACCUGCUAUGUCUGUCAAAGACCAGGAAAGCUUCUGGGGUGUGAUUUUUGUGUAAAUUCUUUUCAUCCGUCUUGUCUGGUUGAUGUGGAUUGGAAUGCAAUUGGAGAGGAAUGGGAAUGCCCCGUCUGUAAGGGCUUUGAUCCUCUUGCCAAUCAAAUGCACAAGCGAUGGACUCGGCACGAAAUAGAAACCAAAAGAAAAGAAAGAGCGAAAAACUACGAAAAAUACAGAUCCAAAGUUAUGCGGUACAGAAACAGAUUCCUCGUCGUGCACCAAAAAGAUCUAGGACCCUUCGUAAACCCGAAGAUACUUCAGGCGCUUGCAAGGACACUCAAAGCAAACAUAGCAGGUGGCGGUUCAAAGCGUGGGGGCCGAGGUGGUGGUGUUGCUUCUCGUCUAUGCGUGGAGCGUUCUUUGUCGGAUGUAUUGGAGCAACUCGAAGACGAGGCAGCAGAAGAAGCAGAAAAAUUCACAAGACGGGCGUACCGCUCGUGCCGCCACGCAUCUGGGCGGCCUAUAGAGGGGCUGCCACUGCGGGAAGGCAUCACUUUAAAACCCCAUCAAGAAGAAGGCGUAGAUUGGCUUCUACGCUCUUUCCUCACAGGAGGCGCCAUCUUGGCCGAUGAAAUGGGUUUGGGUAAGACGAUUCAGACCUUGUGUUUUCUCUCGUAUUUAAGCGCCAUGAAGGUGGAUGGGCCACAUUUAAUUGUUGUACCUCUUUCUACUGUGGGAAACUGGCUGCACGAAAUCCACCGAUUUACCCCCUCGCUGACGCACAUCAAAAUCUGCGGCUCGAGAAACGAAAGGCAACAUGCCAUGCAAGACCGCCUGGCAGCAAAAGGCCUUUACGAUUUGUACGUCACGACCUACGAGACGGUGAAGAGCGAAGAAGAAUUCUUCGUUGAGCAGAUUCCUCACUGGCAAUGUAUUGUCUUGGAUGAAGCUCACCGUAUUAAGAACGCUUCCGGCGCGAUUCGACACUCUCUCGAUCGGGUGCAGGGAAAUAUGCGUCUUCUGUUAACGGGAACCCCUUUGCAGAACAACGCUCAGGAGUUGUUUACCCUCAUCAACUUCCUCAUGCCGGACGUUUUCAGGGAUUCCCUCGUCAUUGAACAGGCCUUUGCUCAGAACGCGAAGUCUGCCGCGGGGAAAUCCGGCAGCAAACAGCCGCGGGGUCGUUCAAAGGCAGCUGCGCUGGCGGAGAUGGAUGUAGAUACGAUGUUUAAACAGGAGGAUUUGAACAAAAUAAGGCAGCUGCUAGACAGAGUUAUGCUACGGCGUCUAAAGGAGCAGGCCAUUGCACUGCCGCGGAAAGUCUUUCAUGAUAUUUGGCUUCCCAUUUCCGACUUGAGCGCAAAGUGGUACCGCAGACUUCUUGAAAUCAAAUCCCUCCAAGAAGAAGCCCGGUCGAACUCUGCCCGAGUCAACUUCAGAAAGAUGCUCGGCCUCGUGAUCAAAAUGCGCAUUUUGUGCGCGCACCCUAAGGGCGUUUGUGCAAGAGAGUCGCAGCUGCAAAGGCUGCAGGCGUUCUUUAGCCAAGAAGACCCGGCGCUUCAGGAGGAGGUGACGAAGGCAGCAAGAGAGUUGCAGGCCGUUGAAGGCGCUGCCCACCUUGCUGGGUCCUCAAAGUUGUUGUUUUUAGACAAGUUAAUGUGCCAUUUGCAUUUCUUGAACUGCAAAUAUGUCCCGGCAUACGAGAGGGACUACAUGGCGCACAAGAACGAUGCGGCAACUUACGAGUUUUACAAGCGGCAUGAGGAGGCGGUGUUGGCGGCUUUGGCAGAAGGAAGGAAGCCCCCAAGACGACCGAAGCGAAGCGAACUUAUUGGGAUUCCCGAGUACAGGGCCUUGUUGGAGCGGGGUAUGCCGAACAGAGAUUUGACGACUGCGAGAGAUGAAUCGUUUCUGAAGGAAGGGCUCUUUGCUGCAGAGCCGGUGAUGCCAACGAAGGAGUCCUGCAACCCCGAGCUGCAGGAGCGGAAGAGAGGACAGGGCGAGCUCGACGAAGCGUCGGAAAACGAGGGAGUGGAAGGACGGAAUCAAGAAGUUGAUAGAGACCCAUCAGAUGCAGACGUUGUGCUUGUUACAACGGCUCCAGAGGACCAGCCUCGAAGCAGAGCUGAGCGGCGCUCCCGACGAAACCUCAUUGUAGACGAUGAAGAUUUGGUGCAAGCAGACGGCGGUGCUGCAGCAGCAACACCAGCAGCACCGGGGGGAGCAGAAGCAACAGGGGCGACAACGGAUGCCGCUCCCUCAACCCCAACAGCUGCAGCCGCUCAGGAAUCCGCAGGAGAGAAUGAGACGGCGGCGAUGACAGUCAAGAGCCCGCUUUCAUCCGAGGAGAAGCGGGAAGGAGAGGACAAGAGUAACCUACCGACAGCCUGCUGCACGGGGAGCCCUGCGAGUCACAAAGACCACAAGGAGAGUGUAGAGGCCCUUGAUGCGCAGCCUGUGAAGGCGGAGCCCGUCGUCGCGACGGUUCCUCAGACACAGGCUGAAGAUACGAAGAGGGAGGUACCUGUUGUACCAGCAUCACCAGCAGCAGCAACACCAGCAGGAACACCAGCAGCUCAGAGCACAGACGGCCAAGUAAAGGCACAGGAACCGUCACCCGAAAGCGAUCGCAGCGACCUCAAGAACGGCGGGGGAGAGAAAGCAGCGAAGACCGACGCCGCCAAUACUCCCAGGGUGCAGCGACUGCUUAUUUUCACGCAGUUUCAACUCGUUUUAGAUGAACUUGAGGCAUAUUGCAAGUACAGGGGAUGGCGAUACCUGCGGCUGGACGGGUCAACGAACAAGUUUGUGCGCGAGUUGGACAUUCGGGAUUUCAACAAUGACAACACGUGCUACUUCGUCUACCUAAUCUCCACCAGGGCUGGUGGCCUGGGUAUUAACUUGACGGCGGCGAACCACGUGGUGAUAUACGACCAUGACUGGAACCCGUUCAUAGAUCUUCAGGCGGUAGACAGAGCCCACCGCAUUGGGCAGCAGCGCGAAGUUCACGUUUGGUCGUUGGUUAGCGAGUGGACUGUGGAGGAGCGCAUGGCUUUCCGACGCGAGCAGAAGCUGCGUCUAGACAAACUGCUGGUGCAGCAGCAGAUAGAGGAGGAGGCGGAAGCUUUAGAUGGAGAGGACGGCGAAGACAUUAAGGAGCAGAGGUCCGAGAAGAUAUCAACAGACGAAGUCCGAAGGCUCAUGCUUCAUGGCAAGAAGGCAAUUGUUCAAAUGGCGGCAACUGGCACUGAGGACAUCGGGAACAUGUACCUGGAGGAUCUGGUUUCGCGCCCGAGGCAACCGCUCCCAGUGCUUGGCGAGGACGAGGAGCCGUUGGUGUUGGAGGCGUCGGCGUCGUUUGAGGAAGACGUGGACGAGAAGAACUUGGUCGACAUCAACGAAGUCAUGGAUGAAGAGGCUGAGGAGCGGCGCAACCAGCAGCACCUGGCGGAGGGCACUGAGGAGCCGCCAGCGCCAGAAGGGCCCUGCGAAGGCGCAGGCGGGAAACCCUCCACUGACGGGGAUGAGGCCAAACCCAGCGGAAGCACAUCUCCUGGUGGGGCUGAGGAGGAGUGCGAGAUGUGCGAGGCGACGGCGACAGGCGUGGGCGGCAAGGGAGGCCUCGAGGCGGAGUUGCAGAGUGCGGGGGUCUUGUGGCGCUCAGGAAGAGAACGCAAAAAGCCAGUGGCUCUCUACGUUCCUCAGGAGUUCACUCAGCGGGAGGAGCGGCGGAAACUGCGUCACGAGACGCGCUGCUUCGUGUGCGGCAACGGGAAGGACCACGUGCAGAGCUCGGUAGACCGAGAGGGGAAACCGGUGGAGGUUGCGUAUGGAGAUUUGGUUUGUUGCAGUGGUUGCCCGAAGGUUUAUCACCGCUGCUGCGAAGGCCUGCCCAAAGACGUCAAGAAGAGCUGGCGUUGUCGCUGGCACGAAUGCUGUUUGUGCUUCCGCAAGACUUCACAGUGCGGCAACAUGCUCAUUCAUUGCGCCCGCUGCCCCACCUCCUUCUGCUACGACUGCUUCCCGCCAGAUUACUGCCGCUACAACGUAGGCGAGGACUACUACAUGCAGCUUCGGCAGCGGGGCAUGAACGUAACCCCGCAGAACUGGAUCUUGCUCCUUUGCUCUAAGUGCAAGGCUGUGGAGGAGCAGCAGACGCGCCGCCGGCUGACGAAGGAGGAGAAGGACCACGAAAAGCUGAUGCAACAAGAGUUGCGACAGCAACAGCGACAGUUGCACCUAGACGGCGCGAGGCUGCGGCUUGAGAAGGACGAGAUGAAGCACUUGCAGCGCCAGAGGGCAGAGGAGGAACGGCGCUGGUUUGACCAUAAACAAGCAGUUGAUAGGCUGGACGAGGCUGCAGAGAUCGCCUUGAGACAGGCGUACCAGCGGCUCUUCCCUGCUGCUUUUCUUGCGGAAAUAGAGAAGAGAUCGGCAGCAGCAAAAGCCGCACAGAGGGCCUCUCGAGAGGCUGCUGUGGCAGAAGCAAUGAGUGCGGCUGCUGCUGCAGGAGCCGAUGGGCAAGCUGCUUUGGCGUCGGCAGCAGCAGCAGCAAUAAAGAAGGCGUCGAAGAAGCCGACAAACCAACUGGCGAACAUGAAGCUGCCUUCUCAGAGUCUUUCGGUUUGUGACAACUGUCGAUUUCCCUGUCACGGAGUUAAGGAUUACCCAGGUCCCUGCUGUUUCCCUGAUGAAGUGAUUCAAAAGUUUGUGGCUCGCGCGCGGCCGGCCUCGCAGUCCGAGCAGAAUUCGGGAGCGGGAGGCGCAGGAGGGGCGGGGGGAGCAGAUGCCGUGAUAGACCUGGACGCUUCCCCUGGAGAAGGUGGAGCAGCGAAGGAGGGUUCCGAUGCAUCGGCUUCGCCGGUCAUCCCACAGAGUGCAUUGAGGGCGCUCGCUAGCUCAGCUGCCUUGCUGCAGGGCGGGUUUGCGGAUGCAGGGGGGGGUGCCUCGGCAGCAGCAGCAGCAGCAGCAGCAGGCAACGACCAAAGAGUGAAGUACAUGCAACGUCAAGUCUGCGCGGCGUGCCACGAGUGGCGCAUAGGCAAGCGCUCCCACACGCGGAAGCACUGCCCGACGCUCACGACCGAACAGCUGCAGGAGUAUGAUGAACGGCGAGCCAAAAUGCGUCUUGUGGCGGAGUUGCUGCUUACAAAGGAACCCAUUCCCGACCCGAACCCGAGUUCAUAUGCUUCGGCAUCUCCCCAACGGCUCAAAGCAUUCUUCCAGCAGUACCAGGAAACGGCUGACCGGGUGUUGGAGGAGUGCAUGGUGGCUGCUGGCCUUCAGCAUGCGAUCGCCUCGCGCUUCAGCGCGAGCAAAAAGACCGUGGGUUCGCCCAUUGGUCAAGCCUCCGCAGCAGCUUCUCAGGCAUCCCAGAACAAUGUGCCCUCUCUGAACAACGUGGCUGCGAGCAAAGACCGCAUUUCGAUGAUUUUGAACCGUAGCAAAGAGUUGCUACUCCUGAAGCGGCAGACGGAACUACAAGUCUUGGCGACUCUCUCAGCCGCAAACGGUCGAGGUCCGGGGCCGAACAUGGCUAGCCUGCACAACGAUCAGAAGAAACUUGAGCUUGGUGCGUCGGGUGAGGGGGAGAAGCCUCUGAUGACACCUCCGUCAGACACAAACAGCGAGGUUGAAGUGAUCGGAGUUUCGAGGGUGGGUGCGCCUGCGUCGGGGGUUUCGUCUGUGGCCCCGGGGGCUAACUGUGUCCCAUCUGCCGCUGCAGCUGCUCCUGCAGCAGCUACUGUAGCUGCUGCUCCAGAAGGUGCAGUAAAGGUGGCUGCUGGUAAAAGACAAAGCAUUGAUGGGUCGAGUAGCGGCGCCCGCGGCGCCACCGUCGCGACAGUUUCUGCCGCAUCGAAGCGACAAAGGAGAACCGUACCCAUGAAAACGGCUGAUGCAGUGGCGGCGUAUGUUCAAGCGGCAGAGAUGGGGAUUCCAGGCGCCGGGGGCUCUAUUGCUGCAUCAGCUGUAGCAGCAGCUGUAAAGCAAAAGUCAAUCAUUGACUUUUUCACGUCCAGGAACAGAGCGGCAGCUUCCGGUAUUGGGGGACUGACGAAGCAGCCAUUGCUAGGGGGGGCAGGAGGGCAAGGAACCUCGCGGCCGGGAGGAAUGCCUGGUGCAGCUUUAGCCCCCUGGGGCGCUAAACAAGCCUCAGACACAGAAAGCGAUUGA